UGUUUAUAACUUACUUCUAUAAGCUCUUUGAGCGUGGCACACGGUUUCUGAUCAUGCCUUUUUUAAGGAGUCACAAAUGAGUAACUAACAAGGUCUUGAAAAGAAGAUUAUGUUUUACAAUUGGUUAACUACGCACGACGACAGGCACCGCGGAGCAAGGGGGGCAUUGUGGAGCUUUAGCCACUUUUUGCAAAAAACGUUAAUUCACGUACAUGAAACAAUAGCAAAAGGUUUAUAACAUCCCUUUCUCGUGCUUCCCUCGCUUUGUCGAGCUCGAUCUUAAAUGCCCUGCUUUUCUGCAAUAUGCGUAUCUUGUUAUCAUUCUGCGUUCCAGAUUCUUCUUGGUCUACCGUUUUUGCUUACAAAUCCUGUUGCUUACGUUGCCCGCUCAUUCGACCUUGGAAGACAGUUCUUCUUCACGUGGACAGUCAACUGGAGAUUUUUACCUGAAUGGCUUUUUCUGAACAGAUACUUUCAUUUUGCACUUCUCCUGCUGCACAUCAUAACUCUGAUAACAUUUUGGAUUAAGAAGUGGCCGAGACCGGCUAGUGGUUGGUCUUCAUUGUUGACAAAAGACUUUGUAGGAACAAAGCUGGACGCGACAAGUAUGUUAGAGAUUCUAUUUGCUUCCAACUUUAUUGGGAUGUGCUUUUCAAGGUCCCUUCAUUACCAAUUCUAUGUGUGGUAUUUCCAUACUUUGCCAUUUUUACUAUGGAGGACAGAUUUGAUCACACCAGUCAAAAUACUUAUCUUGGGUCUUCUUGAAUUAUGCUGGAACACCUAUCCAUCGACAAGCGCCAGUUCCUUGACGAUCCAUGCCUGCCAUCUCAUUAUUAUCAUCGGUCUCUAUGUGUCGAAGCAAAAGCAGAAGAAAACGUAAUUCUGACAGCAUUGGCCGUAUAUUCCCAAUACAUUCCGAAGAUCAAAAUUGUGACUUGCCAAGUCCUCUUUGUUUUAGAGGACCUAGCAAUAAUUUUGGAAAGCUUUUUAUGCCGUUAAGAUUAAAUAUACUUCUCAAUAAAAUUUUUCUCAAUAAAAAUUGUAUAAUCCUGGAAAUUAUUCUAUUUACCGACUUCUGUCAGUAUAUCUAGCCCGAGAGUAUAAGAAUUUGUUAUGAUUUAAAAUUAUAUUUAAAUCUGUGCGCAAGUCAUGCUUUUACACUCUCAGGUACCAUUCUGCUUCGGAAAUGCCAGGGCCCUAGCCUACUCCCCCUGCCCAAUAAUCUAUGGGUUUUGAGUUCAUUUACCUCCAGCUGCAGCCCUGAAUAUUUUACGUUCAACCAUGUAACAGGCGGAACAGCCGUCUUAAAGCAACAUAUUCCUCAAAUAUCCCUCCCACUCCCUGUAUCACCUGCAUCUUUGCGCAGUUUCAUAAAAAAGCGAUCCGGUUCUCAGAGUUCUUUUAGUGAGCAGGGUAAUGGGACUUUACACCCUGGCAGGAAAAUGUAUUAAGGAGGGCGCCCCAAUUUUGGCAAAACAAACUAAAGAGCUAUGCAAUCUUUCCGUCUCUCUUUCACGUUUCCCAGAUGAUUGCAGGCAAGCUAAAUUGAAGACGCCUUUUAAAAAAAGAUAGCAAAGAUGGCCACAAAAUUUUUAGGCCAAUCUCAUUUUUACCGCAAAUUUCUAAGAUACUUAAGAUGGCUGUCCAUGAACAGGUACAAGAAUACCUGGGUACAAACGAAAUUCUUUAUUGAUACCAAUCCGGCUUUCGUCCAUACCACUCAACAGAUACUUGCUUGUCAUAGUUAAGUGACAAAAUCAUACAAGGAUUUCAAAGCAAUAUGUUUACCGGCAUGAUAAUGAUCGAUUUGCAAAAUGCUUUCGACACA